CUUAUUCGACCAAACCCAUAAUUGAAAAUUCAUAUAAUUUUGUUGGCAGAUUACAGUUUUAAGACAACAGUAAGGACGUUGACCUUCAUUGCUUCCAAGCAUUCGAAACCUAUUAAGAGCUCCACUUAAUAUAAUAUUAUAUCGGAGAAGGUGGAUCGGCCAUGGCUACUACUCUCAGCUCAUCCUCUCUCUUCAUCCAAUUCAGAGGACGGAGAUACAACUCCCUAUCAUCAUUCAACAAUCUCCAAAAGCGCACCGUUUUGUCGCUUUCUUGUGCUCUAUCCUCACAAGGUGGAGACAUGAUUCCACCAGAGGGAAAAAGCAAUGAUCGCAACUCUGCCUUUGACUUCAAGUCGUAUAUGAUCCGUAAAGCCGAAUCCGUAAGUGCGGCUCUCAACGUUUCGGUACCUCUCCAAGAACCACUCACGAUACAAGAGGCGGUGCGGUACUCAUUACUAGCGGGCGGAAAACGUGUGAGGCCUCUCCUCUGCAUUGCUGCUUGUGAGCUCGUGGGUGGCGACGAGGCUACUGCCAUGUCAGCCGCUUGUGCAGUCGAGAUGAUCCACACGAGCUCGCUAAUCCAUGACGACCUCCCGUGCAUGGACGAUGCCGACCUCCGUAGAGGCAAGCCCACCAACCAUAAAGAAUUUGGAGAAGACAUGGCGGUUUUGGCGGGUGAUGCACUCCUUGCUUUAGCGUUUGAGCACAUGACGUUCGUGUCAAAUGGGUUGGUUGCCCCUGAGAGGAUGAUCCGUGCUGUAAUGGAGCUGGCAAAGGCCAUAGGGACAAAAGGGCUAGUGGCUGGGCAAGUGACUGACUUAUGUAGCCAAGGAUUGAAUCCAGACGACGUCGGAUUGGAGCGUCUAGAGUUCAUCCACCUCCACAAAACGGCCGCCUUGUUGGAGGCAGCGGCAGUUUUAGGAGCCAUAAUGGGAGGUGGAACAGAGGAAGAGAUCGAAAAGCUAAGAAAAUAUGCGAGAUGUAUUGGGCUGUUGUUUCAGGUGGUUGAUGAUAUUCUUGACGUAACGGAAUCUACUAAGGAAUUGGGCAAGACAGCCGGAAAAGAUGUAAUGGCCGGGAAGCUGACGUAUCCAAGGCUGAUAGGCUUGGAGAGAUCCAGGGAAGUUGCGGAGAAACUGAGAAGAGAAGCAGCGGAACAGCUUCUAGGGUUUGAUUCCGACAAGGCGGCGCCUCUUGUGGCUCUUGCUAGCUACAUUGCCUGCAGACACAACUGAUAUUUUGCAUGAACUGAACAUAUCCUCAAAGCAUCUAAUGUCCUGACAAGUCCAUUCUUAGUUUUAUUAUUCAAAAAUAAAAAUAAGGUCCAUUAGAUUGAUCCAUGGUCUUCUUUCAUAUGAACCUUUGUCUUGUGAUCAUCACUUUGUGUUCUCAGCUUGCAUUUUAGUAUUACGUUUUUGAAUUUUAAUGUCAUUUUUCGAUUACUAAUAUAUCAU